AUGUCGCUACGCCAUUUGCGGAGAGCUGAAUUGGAACAGCAGGAGGGUUUCAGGAAGGAACUAAGAGCAAGUAAAUCGCAUAAUGCUUUGGCACUUCAUUCUUCAGAAGAAUCUUCUGUUCCAGAGAGAGAAGCAACGACAGCCAGGCGCUCGGUCUUCUUGCAAGCCGUCAGUUCAGAUGCCGAGAGUUCACAGGAAGAGGCAGACAGCGCCAAUGAAGCGUCUUCUCCGCUUGAAAAGGAUAACUCUGCGAAGGAUUCGAGCCCAUUAAGCUGCAGGGAUGACAAAAGUGAUGGCAAAAAGAGGGCGAAACCGCGGAACCGACGCAAGCGCAGGGCCCACCCAGCAGUACCUCCACCUCAGGAUUCUCAAGAAACCUUUGUAGAAAGCCACGUUGAAGAGUCCUUAUGUGACGGCCAGGAGGAAGCUGCAGCAUCAAGUUUGCCCCAAAUUUCUGGGAACAACUCUGAGACGGCGAGCUGCCUAUACAUGGAAAGAGGCGCAUUUGAUCCUGACGCGGAACUGCGAAGAAUUUUCGGACGAGAAGUUUUGCAGCGUUCACGGAUACGUGCCCGAGCGUCAACCCGAUCGCGACGGCAGUGGUUGAUAGCGCCCGUUGAAUGCCACCAUUGUCGAGCUUUUCGGGUGAACCCUUGGGUUCGGAUGGUGGCUUGUGAGGAUUCUGCUACGGGGAAUUUGGAAUUCAGUCUACAGUUUACGGAGGACUACGUACGGGUCCAACCCGCUUACUACGGGGCACUGAACAGUCACGAUCUCCACGUGCUGGAGAGCUUUUGUGACUCUCACCCGAAACACCUAGACGGGCGCUUGGCUCUGUCUCAGGCGCUUUCUGUGACAGGAAGCCAUGAGGCUGCCUUCCAUAUGCUCACCAUUGCGGUCUGCAGCCUACAGUCUUCCUUUCAUUAUGCUUUUUCGCCCUUUGCCUUUAAUCCGGAUGGCACACCUCAGGUGUCGGCGGACUCGCGAAACCCAUUAAAUCGCCAGUUGUUUACCUGUCUGCUGCUGUACAUGAUCGGAUUGGGAGAUCAGGGCUGCCACCGCAGCGCCUUAGAGGUCUGCAAGUUGCUGCUGGCAAUGGACUUGCCAAACGACGCGGCCCACGCACUGCUGCACCUGGACUACUACGCCUUGCGCUCCGAAAAAUAUGAUUUUCUGCAAUACUUUGCGAAGGUGUUCGUGAAGCAGCACCUCACAUACGUUGUCCCCGUUGAAGCAAACGCAGCCUUCGAGACAGCAGCGGCGGCCGCUGCUACUGAUGCGGCAGUUGAGACCAAGGAACCCUCUAGAGUCUCAGAUCUCCGACUCACAAUGCCAAACUUCGCUUUCUCUGCGGCGCUUGCGUACUUCCUGAAGGCGUCCCACCAAGAUAUAUCAGCUGUCCGACAAAUAAAAGCAAAAGACGUAUGUGCAGUGUAUGGGCGUGGAGGAGAAGUAGAAUUUGGGGAGUAUCAGGAUGACUUAGUUCCGCAUUUGCUACUGAUGCAUGCAAUCCUCUUGUUCCCCGCUUUCAUUCGGACGCUUCUGAAGAAACUGGAUAUCAAAGGAGAUCAAAAAGUCCUGGAUUCAGCUUAUCCCAGCCUUCCGUGGGAUAUGCUGCUAUUUUCGGCUCCUCUGUGGAUCACUGGCGGCCCCAUCCACGAGACGUACGCGGAAUCAGGAUGA